AUGUCUGAAAGUGAUCUGGAACGAGAGGGAAGACCAGCAGCUAGACUGGAUAAAACUCAGAUGGAUGCCUUGAUAGCUACUCUUAUGCAUGAGAUGGAUAAAAAGCUUGAGUUUGCUGGGGUUACCCGUUCUACUAAUGAUGUUUUGGGUAAUACUUCACAGGUUAGGAGAGCAGCUAGGGAAAAGAGGAGAGGAAAACGACCUACCGUUGCUAAUGAUCUAGACUCCUCUUCUGGACGUAGCACAGAUGAAGAUCGAACAGAAAGGUCCAUCAGGUCAGGACGUGGAGCUUCUCAAACCAGAUCAGACCGUGCAAUGUCUCAAACUAGACAUACUACUCGACGUGCACCAAGGGAGAGACCUGAUGAUCGUCUUGGGAACCUUAAGCUUCGGAUACCUGUCUUUGGAGGCACUAGCAAUCCCGAUGACUAUCUUGAUUGGGAGAAGAAGAUUGAAUUGGUGUUUGACUGCCAAGACUAUUCGGAAAAGAAGAAGGUGAGGCUUGCUAAACGCUUUGUGCCAAGCUAUUAUGGGAAGGAUGUGCAUCAAAAACUCAGAAGGCUUACCCAAGGCACGAGGGGAGUAGAGGAAUACUAUCAGGAGAUGGAAACUCUUAUGCUUAAAGGUGGUGUAGACGAGUCAGCUGAAGCUACCAUGGCUCGCUUCCAGGCUGGGUUAAGCAGAGAUAUUCAGGAUCGCAUAGAGAUGUAUGAGUAUGAGGAUAUCUUUGAGUUGCUACACAAGUCUAUCCUCAUAGAGCAGCAACUAAAGAGAAAGCAUCCAACCAAGGGUUCCUAUGGCAACAACUACAAGACGUCCACUACCAAGGAUGAGAAACCAAUUGUGAAUGCAAAGGAGGAACUCAAGGGAUAUCAGCGUGAUGAUAAAGGAAAGGCACCAGCAACCAGAGCAAGAGAUGUGAAGUGUUUCAAGUGUCAUGGUUUUGGACACUAUGCCAAUGAGUGUACCAACAAGAAGGUGAUGCUACUUUUGGAUAAUGGUGAUAUGAUAUCUGAGGAAGAGAAUGUUGAUGCCUCAGAAGAAGAGUUGAUAGACUAUCCAGUCCGAGCAAAGCUUGGAUUGAAAACAGGAAAGCAUCCUAAACCUUACCCACUUCAAUGGCUGAAUGAAGGAGGCGAGUUGAUGGUUACUGAACAAGUAAUGGUUCCUAUAACCAUUGGGAGAUACCAGGAUGAGAUAGUGUGUGACGUUCUACCUAUGGAUUCCAGCCACAUCCUCUUAGGAAGGCCCUGGCAGUUUGAUAAAAGAGCAAUCCAUGAUGGUUUUACAAACCGCCAUUCUUUCACCCACCGAGACAAGAAGAUUGUUCUAGCUCCCUUAUCUCCACAAGAAGUGCAUGAGGAUCAACUGCAGCUUAAACUCCGACGCCAAGAAGCCAAGAAAGAUUCAACUGAAUCACAUAAGAUGGGGUCUAAUCUUAUGGCCAAAAACAGUGAGGUUAAGAAAGCUUUCUUUCUUAAACAACCUUUACUUCUCUUUGUUUUUAAAGGUGCACUAACUGCUUCUAACCUUGCACCGGAGCUUCCGAAAGAUCUUCAAUUCAUCUUGCAGGAUUAUGGUGAUGUGUUUCCAGAAGAUAGUCCAGCAGGUCUGCCUCCUUUCCGUGGUAUUGAACACCAAAUAGAUCUGGUUCCAGGCGCCUCUCUUCCUAACCGGCCUGCCUAUAGGACCAAUCCAGAUGAGACCAAGGAGCUGCAAAGACAAGUGGAUGAACUGAUGGAGAAAGGGCACAUCCGAGAGAGCAUGAGUCCAUGUGCUGUGCCAGUACUUUUAGUGCCCAAGAAAGAUGGAAGCUGGCGCAUGUGUGUUGACUGCAGAGCCAUUAACAACAUUACUGUGAAGUACAGGUAUCCUAUUCCUAGGCUCGAUGAUAUGUUAGAUGAAUUGCACGGCUUUGUUGUUACAGCUCAAGGAAUCAAAGUGGAUGAAGAAAAAAUCAAAGCAAUCCGAGAGUGGCCUAUUCCAAAGAAUGUGAGUGAGGUCCGGAGCUUCCAUGGUUUGGCUGGUUUCUACAGGAAAUUUGUGAAAGAUUUCAGCACCAUAGCCGCACCACUCACUGAGGAGAAGAGACCAAUUGCUUAUUUCAGUGAGAAGCUAGGAGGAGCCAUGGCGAAUUAUCCCACCUAUGACAAGGAGCUAUACGCUUUGAUCAGGCACAAGCUUAACAAGAGGCACGCCAAAUGGGUAGAAUUCCUUGAAACUUUUCCUUAUGUGAUUCAUUACAAACAAGGAAAAGAAAAUGUGGUAGCUGAUGCUUUGUCUAGGAGGUAUGCUUUGCUUGCUGCCAUGGAAACAAAACUGUUAGGAUUUGAUCAGAUUAAGACUUAUUAUGCUGAUGAUCCUGAUUUCAAAGUAGUGUUCAAAGAUUGUGGACUAAUGGGACACUUUGGCGUUGAUAAGACCCUCAGCACCUUGAAGGAACACUUCUACUGGCCAAGCAUGAGGAAAGAUGUUGAGAAACACUGCAGCCGAUGCAUAGUUUGCACUCAAGCUAAAGCUAAGAACCGACCUCAAGUUAAGAAGAACAUUGAAGAAAGAACUAAGGCUUAUGCAAAGCAAGCUAACAAAAAGAGGCGUGAGCUGAUUCUAGAGCCAGGAGACUUGGUGUCAAUUUACUUGAGGAAAGAUAGGUUCCCUGCUGAAAGGAAGUCUAAACUUCUACCAAGGACAGAUGGUCCUUUCAAAGUGCUUGAACGGAUCAACAACAACGCUUAUAAAAUUGAUCUUGAAGGGAAGUACACUGUUAGCUCUACUUUCAAUAUUGCUGAUCUGAUUCCUUAUCAUGCUGACGAGUUGGUUUCUUAUGUUGAUCUAGAUUGA